AUGGAGGGGCGGGAGCCCCCGCCCGGCGGGGCGGCGGCCGAGGGGCGGCUCAGCCCCGGCGGCGGCCCGGGGGACGCGGACACCGGCCGCCGGCGCGCGCUGCUGCGGCCCGCGGCCCCGCCCGCGCCGGGCGACCCCCCGCUCCCGCCCCGCGUCACCAACUUCUUCAUCGACAACAUCCUGCGGCCGGAGUUCGGGCGGCGCAAGGACGCGGGGCCGCGCGGGGCCGGCGCGGGGGGCCGAGGCGGCGCGGAGGGCGGCGCGGGCGGCGCGGAGCCGCCCCCGGGGCCCGGCCGCCAGCCCCGGCCGAGCGCGCCCUGCGCGGCGGGCCCGGCCGGCGGCGGCGACGCGCCCGGGGACGGCGAGGGCGGCGGCCCCGGCAAAGGCGGCGACCCCCGCGGCCCCCCGGACGGGGCGCUCAAGGCCCGCGGCGCGCGCGGCGGCGACCCCGCGGCGGGCUCGGACUCGGACAGCUCGCAGCCCGGCGCCGCCCUGGGCGCGCAGCCCAUGCUCUGGCCGGCCUGGGUGUACUGCACGCGCUACUCGGACCGGCCUUCGUCAGGCCCCAGGUCUCGCAAACCAAAGAAGAAGAACCCGAACAAGGAGGACAAGCGUCCACGCACGGCCUUCACGGCGGAGCAGCUGCAGCGGCUCAAGGCCGAAUUCCAGACCAACAGGUACCUGACGGAGCAGCGGCGCCAGAGCCUGGCCCAGGAGCUCAGCCUCAACGAGUCCCAGAUCAAGAUCUGGUUCCAGAACAAGCGGGCCAAGAUCAAGAAGGCCACGGGCAGCAAGAACACGCUGGCCGUGCACCUGAUGGCGCAGGGGCUGUACAACCACUCCACCACGGCCAAGGAGGGCAAGUCGGACAGCGAGUAGCGCCGGCCGUGCCUCGGCCCCCGGCCGGGCCACCCAGGACACCAGCACCCACCGCGGAGCAGCGCGCCGGCCACGGUUCUGCAAUACUCUGUACAUAAUUCACAGGUGGUGUCAAAUCCCCAAUAUCUGACGAUAGAAUAUUUUUUGAGUUUUUUGUGUGAAUGAGGUUAUGCUAAUUUUAAGAUUUUUUUUUUUUUUUUUUUUUGCAAAGGGGGCUGCUUAGGGCUUCAUCUUUUUUAAUCCCCAAUCUCCACGACGGGACAUCGGACACUUUUUUUUUUUUUAUUUCAAAAGAAGAAAAAAUUUAAAACAACUUGCUGAAGUCCAAAGAUUUUUAUUGCUGCAUUUCACACGACUGUGAACCGAAUAAAUAGCUCCUACUUGGUC